CCCUCUUCCUCCUCUCUACACAUUUUCCUCUUCUUCUUCUUCCCCUCCUCAGAUCAAGCAAAACCGUGUCCUAGAAACCACCGAGACCGCCCUGCCCCUUAGCAUCGCAGGAGAAGCGCGCGCGCCGCCGUCUGCCGGAAGUCCUCGCGCUCUCCACGUCUCUGCCGCUGCAGAUCGAGCGGUUGCUGUUGCCUUUUUUGUUGGGGGAUUUCUGCUGUUCUGGUCGCUGGUCGGGAAAGUUGUGGGUGCGCUGAGAUGGUGGCCGAGGCGGAGGUGAUGCAUCAGCAGCCGGCGCAGGCGUUGGAGGUCCAGCAGUACCACCGGUGCGUCGCCAAAGGGGUCGGGAUGUCGGCGGUGGCCGCGCCGGAGGUGGGCGUCGAGGUCGAGGUCGGGGUCGCCGUCGAGGUGCCUCUCAUGGGGCUGGCAAGUGUGGAUGGUGCAACGAGUGUGUCUGCUGAGACGAUACCGUUUGUGCCCAUUAUUCGAUCUGGUAGCUUUGCUGAUAUAGGACCGAGGAGGUACAUGGAAGAUGAACACAUUCGGAUAGAUGAUCUUUCAGCUCAUCUUGGUUCGCUGUUGGUGUGUCCAGUGCCUAGUGCCUUCUAUGGGGUCUUUGAUGGCCAUGGGGGUCCGGAUGCUGCAGCCUACAUGAAAAGGCAUGCAAUUAGGUUCCUGUUUGAGGACAGGGAGUUCCCACAAGCAUCCCAAGUGGAUGAUAUAUUCCUUCAGGCCGCUGAGAACUGUAUUCGCAGCGCGUUCUUGCAGGCCGAUCUUGCUCUGGCUGAUGAUUUAGUUAUCAGCCGCUCUUCUGGAACUACAGCACUCACUGCAUUAGUCUUUGGGAGGCAACUGUUGGUUGCAAAUACUGGUGACUGCCGUGCAGUCCUUUGCCGGAGAGGCAUAGCAAUGGAGCUGUCCCAAGAUCACAGGGCAAACUACGUUGAGGAGUGUGAAAGGGUCGCAGCGUCAGGGGGAUACAUCGAGGAUGGAUACCUCAACGGAGUGCUCUCUGUGACACGAGCUUUGGGUGACUGGGACAUGAAAAUGCCCGAUUGCUCCACAUCACCCCUGAUCGCGGAGCCAGAGUUCCGGCACGCCACGCUGAGCGAGGGUGAUGAGUUCCUCAUCAUGGGCUGUGAUGGGAUCUGGGAUGUGAUGACCAGCCAGCACGCAGUGAGUGUCGUUCGGCAGGGGCUCCGGCAGCAUGAUGACCCUGAGCGGUGUGCCCAGGAGCUUGUCAUGGAGGCGAAGCUGCUUGAGACUGCAGACAACCUCACUGUGAUUGUGGUCUGCUUCGCCUCGGAGCUUGGCUCGCCGCCACCUGCUCCAGCAGCAGCCAGGCCAAGGAGCUGCAAGGGCCUGUCAGCGGAGGCCCUCUGCAACCUAAGGAGCUGGCUGGAGACCGACCGCUAGCCACCUAGCCCAGCAAACCUAGCAUAGGUUUGUUCAUUGUUCUCACACUGUAAAUAUGCUGACACUGGUGGAGGAAUCGUAAUUGCUCCCUCUGGUUAGUUUCUCCCAUUUGUUGUUGAGGCAGCAGCCAGCAGUUUUGUAGGUGUAUGUAUCCUCCCAUUAUUUCAUCUUCUUUUUUCUUUCCUUUUAUUGUUGUUGUUACUGGCCACCGGUUGUACAUAUAUCUAUUCCGUUCCAGGGAUCAGCCUGUUUUCUUA